AUGGAAUUUACUUUUGAUAAUUCUAAAAUGCAUCAACUCUCUAAUAAUUAGUUAAUUUAAAAAGAAGAAAUUUCAUUCCAAAAAAAGAAUAUAAUUAUAAAAAAUUUAAUCACCCAAGCAAUAAAAUUUUAAGUCUACAAAAAGUUUCUUCCAAUCUAAACCAUCUAUUAAGGUUUCUUAUAAACAAUAAAUAUUAAUUGUAUCACAACCAACGAAUAGCUCAAUAGUUAUACCAAUCAGAAGUUCCAUCAAUAGAAUUCAUUAACCAAAAAUUAGCUUAGAAAUAGAUAAUAAAUCAAUAGAGUUGCUCCAAGAGUUAGCUAAUAGUUAAUUAAAUAAAAAUUCCCAAAAAAAGAGAAGAACACAAAAAGCAGUUGAAUGCACAAUAUCUAUUUAACAUUUUUUUAAUAGGAUAGAAAAUUAUAUGAUUUAAGAAUAGAUUGGAUAAGGUAGCUAUGGGAUUAUUAAAGUUGGCAUAAAUUUAUUAAAUGGAUAGUAGGUAGCAAUAAAGAUUUACGGAAGGAUGAAUAUUAUUUCAAAAAAAGAAUAUAUAAGGAAAGAAAUUUAGAUUUUAUCUACAUUAUUCAUCCCGAUAUUGUUUAAUUGCUUGAUGUUAUUUACACUGAAGUAUAUCUGUAAAUAUUUAGACCUAAUAAUUUGAUCCCAGAAAUUGAGGCAAAGAAUAUCUUUUUUUAAGUUGUCAAAGCAAUUAAUUAUUGCCAUUCUAAAUAUAUAGCAAUACUUCUAUUUAAGUAUAGAUACAUCGAGACAUAAAAUUAGAAAAUAUUUUAAUCAGAGAAGAUAAAAUAAAAUUAAUUGAUUUUGGUUUUAACUCAUUUAUUGAACAUAAGACUAUAUCAUAUUUUGGAACUCCUUAGUAAUCACUUUCUUAAAAUUACUAGAGAUGUGGCCCGAUAUAUUAUAUUAAAAAUGGAUCAUGGAAAACCUGCUGAUAUUUGGUCAUUAGGAAUAUUGCUUUAUGUAAUGUUACAUGGAAAGUUUCCUUUUCAAGGUAAGUAAUAAAAAGAAUAAUUUUCUAAAAUAAAAACAAGUAUCUACUAAUUUAAUGGAAUAACUUAAUAAGCUUAAAAAUUAAUUAAUUAUAUAUUAAGAGUUAGGUCUUAUGUGA